GCUCAUUAAACAAACAUACAGGACACUUGCACAUUGGAGCCAUACGGCCAGGGCGGCGCGGUGGGGACAAGUAGGCUGAAAGACGAAAUCGAAGGCGUUGCGUGUAAAAAUACACAAGAGCUGUGUCAAGGCGUACCUUCCGAGACAUAUCUUGUUGGAUCGCACCCCGUUAUUAGCGAAGCAUGAUUGACGUGCGCCCUGGCUAAUACUGUUAAUCCUAUACUCGCAUAAUGGAAGAAGUCGAAGGACAGAAGAACGGAAUCGGGCUGGCCUACAACGCCCUGGUAUCAGGCGGCAUGCUGUUCCACUCAAAUACACCGUCAGAGUCGCUUGACUCGUCACGAGCUUUCUGUGGUUCCUGCGAAGAGGUUGAGCUAUGCGACCUCCCUGGCAUGGACUGGCAGAACGUGUCCUCCGUGGAAAAGGUGAUCAGUGUGAUCCCUGAUUGCUCCCGAACGCUGCACACAACGGCAGGCGCAGUGUCUGGCCGGCAGCGUACGGCGCCAGAAGUUCUCAAACCGUCAGAUUGUCGGCCCUAACGGGUCUUCCAACGCUGAUUGUUUCUCGGGGUCGCGUCGGUACUGCUCGCCGGUCGGACGAGGAACGGAGAACAGAACAUCCGCUGGUAAGGCGGGCACAGCCGCAUACGCCGUGCUGCUAAAGCGGGGCUUGUAUCGGAACCUGCAACAUACGGCAAUUUUACAACUGCGAUGGGUUAGGAAGAGACGGGAGGUUGGCGUCAUGGUGGUCGCCAAGUCGAAGGAGCACUAGUACUAGCAUUAGUAAUUAAUAUAGGC